GCGUGAUCCGAUCGUUUGAUCGCCGACGGUGCUGUGCCAGGACGGUUAGAUUACAAGAGGAAAUAACAAGAAGGUUCGAGCGGAAAGAAAUAUACAAACGAUUCUCCUUUUCCGGCGGUACCGUGCUAGUUAGAUAGUUUACCAUCAUUAGCUUGGCUUUGCCGUAUGUUCGUCUGAUUACAUUGUUUUAAACUUCAGUCGGUUUCGGUUUUUGCGUGCUGUUUUUGGUGAUUCAUCGAUAAUUUUCCCUCACCCUCGUCUCGGCCGGCUUGCUGUACUUUUAAACAAGGGGCAUCCGCCAACAACUACCCACAUGCCCGUACGAAUUUCCCUGUUUCGCUGGUUUCUGCGACUUUCGGUAGUCUAAGCUCGCUGGUGCUGUUUUUGUUUAGUGUGUUAUACGAAUUCAUUAAAGAAAGUAAUGAUAAAAAAUUAGUAUCCACCAAUCGUGUUUAUCAAAUGUCCGGUGGUUCGCAGUAUCGUCUCCCUAAUGCCGCCAAGAACGUGCUCGCACAAUUACCAGUGAUACCGGGUGCUAUGGGAAGUUGAUAAGAAGAAAGCUGUUCUGACAACCUGCAAGAAACUGCGAGGGAGUUCUUGGCCACUAAAGGUGAUCACUGUUCUUCACUUACUGCCAAUCGAUCAACGUCGUUCAUUUGUCGGUUGGUGGUAGCAACACCUUCAAGCAUCAAUAUUUUGCAAGUGCAAUUGUUCAAAUGCGAGAAAGAUGGUGUUGUGGUGUAACAGUUAAAUACUUGUGCAUGAAAGUAUUCAAAAUUGUGUUCGCUUACGCUAGGGCAAGUUUAAGGUAGGGAUCCGGGAAAAAGCUAUACAUUAAGUGCCAUUGAUUCGUUUACUUUCGGUACCGUAGUGUUGGGUAGACAACUUCCGAACAGAUAAUUGAAAAAUCUUGUAUCCUUGCUUCGAUGGGGAUAACCAGCAUUUUAAAUUAUUCGGUGCUGUUCGAGGUGGCUUUGUGUUGCUUUUUCAAGAUGUUUACGUUUUCAAAGGGCACAGGAAUCGCGGAGUGAUGAGUGUGGGAAUUGUAUCGGUGUUCCGGCUGAAAGUGUUUUCCCAUUUCCCGAAAUUAAUCCAACGAAAGUGUUUCCCGGUCUAGCGCCUGGUCUAGCGUCUGAUUUAUGGAUGGAGGAAGCAACGAUCGUGUUCAAAGCAACGAUAAUUGCCAACACAUAAUUGCGCGUGUGCGGAAAGCGGUGGGACUGUUGGGGGAUGCUGUGCAGUUGGAUAACGCGAUCGCAAAGAGAAUGAGCAAAUUUGAUUGACUGAUGUUCUGAGUAGUGAAAGUAUGUACAAAGGAAAGUAAGAGUUUGAAAAAUAGUACACCGAUUGGUUUCAACGAAGAACUGAACAUCGAACUCAAAAAAUCCUGUCUAUCGAAGGAUGAUCUACUUCAACAACAGUUUGAGCAGCGGCGCAUCUCAAGACGGACAUCGAUAGAAAGGCGCGAACACACAACGCUAUCACACCGCCAUUGCCACUCGGUACGAUACGUUCGGCACCCUGCGUGAAGCACAGCGCAGCAUCCGGCACGAGCAAAAGCGGAAGACGGGUUCUGAAAGAAACACUGGCUCCGGUGCAUUCUUUGUGAAAGUUUCCGCCCGUCAUAACCCACGAUACGAAGAAAAAGAAAGAAAGAAAGGCAAAAAACGGGCACACUACUAGCAGGAAGGGAAAAGUAUAACAAAACUGAGAUACACGACCGUUCCUCCUUGAACCAGCAACGCAGCGUUUGGAGAAGGAGAGGGAAGCAAGAAAGGACCACAGCAAGCGAUACUUUCAUUAUGACGGCCUCCCUGGUGCUACUGUUUGCGUUGAUCGGCAGCAUAUGCCCGUCCAUGCUGUCCGGUGCUGCGGCGGAACAUCAUAACAUGUCACACACGAAAGACUGUUCCCACUUUCACGAGCAUUGUGUGCGCUGCACCGACACCAGCUGCAUCAAGUGCACGGAAGUACUACGAGUCGACACGGGCGAAUGUCUUCUGGAGUGUCCAAAUGGCUACGUGGCCCAGUGGUCGACCAACUCCGAACUGAUGGGUCGCGUGUGUCAUCCGGUCGGGUUGUCCGGGUCGCUGCUGGCCGCGGUCGUGGGCAUCGUGGCGGGUGCGAUCGUGUGCGUGGUGAUAGUGGUGGCCGCAAUGGCCGUGAUACGGCGACGCCAGAAGCGCAAGAAGUACCGCGAGUCGUUCAUCGACGAAAACAUCGACCGGCUCGAGUUCGUACGCCAGCUGGACGAGCUACGACCGCAGGCCGAAUAUUUCCUGCAGAUGCUGAACGACACUCGGCGGCAGAUACGGAAGCUGCAUCUGGCGGGCGACAGUGCCGGUGCGGCCACGUACCAUCCGGUCGUUCGGGACCUGGCGAAGAUUCUGAUCCUGCUCAAUAAGCCGGUCGAGUUGAUAAACGCACCACCGCACGACUGGCAACGGUUGCACGUGUGGGCCGAACGCGUUCUCGACCGCUACAAGCCAGAGCUGGCGCAACUGAUCGAGUUCCUGCAGCAACCGUCGGCCCCGCUGUCCCCGUCGGCGUCCGAUCCUCGGCUCGGCUCGUCCGACCAUUCCACCUUCAAGUCCGCGUACCAUCCGAACGCUGCGGGCCAUCACGAGACCAACGAGAGCGACCUCUCGCCCAGCCUGAGCCAGAAGAACGAGCGAAACCUGUUACGGCCGGAACUGAUUCAGCUGCAGAAGCACCGCACGUUGCCAACAAUGCAGACCACGCACCACUUCCUCGGUUCGCUGAUCAGCCUGCACGAGUUCGACGAGCGGUCAUCACACACGACCGACACAAGCCACCACUCAAUGGCCGGCGGCAACAACCCGUUCGACGACACGUUCGAUCACGUGCGCACGUACCUGUCAACUUCCGGCAUGAACGACAGCUCGCUCUGGCUGCAGGACGAAUUCUUCAAGCUUGGCUUUCGGCCGCAGGACGAAAUUACGACCGAGCUAUGAUCGCCGUACAAACGCCCUAUCGCCACCAUUCCAGUGCAAUCGAAAUAAAGUAGAAGUAACGAAAAUUCGUGGUGGAAUUGAAUCAUUCCCCGCAAAGCUUGGACGUCUCAGAAUCACGGUUGUUGUAAGGAUGCCUUGGAGGACACUCGCUCAAACACAAACACAAGCACACACAUACACCGCACACCAGUGCACCUAGUCAGUUUCGAGCGGUGCGUGCAAAAUGGUGCUGGAUCACUAGGCGCAUCGAUUGUUACGCGGUUAAUAGGGAGAACAACGUAACAACAGGCAGCGGAGAGUGUAUAGUUUGUAAACAGAGUAUCUUGUAAACGACGAGCUAGGGAACCAUCAUCAGGUCUAUCUCCAAACGGUGAAAAAGCGACAUAUUUUUGCCAAAUGCAAAUUUUCACUCCAAUACGCGCGGUCCUCGAUUCGUCAGUUUCUAUGUACAUUAGUUUGAAGUAAUUACUUUAUUUAUGGACUCCCCUUUUUCCGUCAAGAAAAUGUCCGGGUAGCACACUGUUUGAGUGAAAGAAGUUUAUACAUGGAGGAGAAAAUUAUGUACGUUGUUUUCCUCUAACUUUUUUUAUGUGAGCACUACAACGCGGUUAGUGUGAAGUAAUUUAUAUUAGCCAGCCAUCAGACGGUCUAAAGAGAAAUAGUACAAUAUUGUAAACACGCAAUGGCCACUCGUGGACCGGAAGGAAUGGAUUGUAUUGAGAAGUUAUUGGUUACGAAUUUAUUAAAUAAAAUUUAACUAAAAGCGAAACCUGUAAAUAAAUCU